GACUAUAAAGCUGUGGCUGGCUUGGGAAAGAGCGGAAAAGAGCGAGAAAACACCAAACUUAGACAAUGGAGCUGGACUUAUUCGCGCUGUUCACGCUCCUGUCCUCGUUUCACGGCGUUUUCGGCUACUCACAUAAAGGCGUGUGCCUUCUUCAGAUGGAUGAAGGACCCUGCCGAGCAAACAUCGAGCGCUAUUAUUACAACACCAUCACCCAGAAGUGUGAGAUCUUCCACUUUGGGGGAUGCAUGGGGAAUGCCAACAACUUCAAGAGUUAUCAGGAGUGCCAGAAGACGUGUUUCAGAAUCCCAAAGAUCCCUCAGAUCUGCAGGUUUCCCAAACAGGAGGGACCCUGCCGGGCCCUGUUCCCCCGCUACUUCUUCAACAUGACCACCAUGCAAUGUGAGCCCUUUUAUUACGGGGGCUGUGGUGGGAACUCCAACCGCUUCCCAGGUCUGACUUCUUGCACAGAGUACUGCAGUCCACAAAAAACUGUUCCCGUCCUCUGUCGGGACCCUCUGGACAAAGGGAAGUGCUCGGCUUCCAUCACUCGAUAUUACUACAACACAGCCACCAAGAUGUGCGAGGAGUUCGUCUACUCAGGCUGCGGAGGGAGCAGCAACAACUUUGUCUCGCGGCAGAGCUGCACGGACGUGUGCGUUAAAGGAAGUAAAACGCACAAGGUCCUGAGAAAAGGCAGACGCAAGAGACGCAACCGCAUCAUGCACCCGCGGCCGUAGACGCCUGACACAUUUCACUCACACGGACGAGUUCUCAGCAGAAACUAACACGUCUGUUCACACGUUGACGAGGUCGUCUUGUUAUGAAGUACAUACACAAAUCACGACUGUAUUUGUAAUGCCUUAUUAUAUUGGUUCAAAUGUGAUAUCAUUGUAAGCUGUUCCUGAUACUUGUACCUGAUACACAAGUGUGUCUCAGUCUGUAUUUUGAUAUUUUUACGUUAUGUAUGAAGUGCAUGUUUUUGAAAAACAACUGAUUAAUAAAGAAACCCCUUUUUUAUUGUUCACUUUUGAUAAAA